AUGGAUGCCGAGAUGGGCAGGUGGUUUCAAGAUGUUGGACGUGAUAAAUCUGCUAACAAACCAUUAUUAAGAAUUAUAUUUCAGACCCCUCUCGUAUUGCUUUCGGCUAGCCUAUUGAAAGACACUUUGGAGAUAUGGAAUAAUAUUCCCAAGCCAAAAGAUAAACAGGACGCUUCAUUUCACGAUUACUUCGUUCUUGACGUGGUGGGGUUAUCUCACUAUCAGUACGCCAAAAUUAAAUUCAUAGAAGAUGUGAACGAAUUAAGGAAACGAUUCUCUUCUCCGUCCGAGGUAUCCUUACAGAUUAAACCUUUAGUUCCCGCCGUCGACUUUGUUAGGAGCACAUCCGAGAUAUGGGAUAGAGUUGUUAACGAUAAAGCUCUCGACAUUCCUUCUCACAAGAUGAUGAUUGCUAAAGUUAGAUGUGAACAAAUUAAUAAUGAUAAAUUUAAUGCGUUCGUUACUAAUGAGGAAUGGUCUCAACUGAAAGUAACAUCAGUUAAUAUUCCUCGAGUGUCAUGUUUUGGCAUAAAAAUUACUUCGAUGGUUGACAAAUGUUUAGCCGAAUACGACGAAGAAGCCGAAUUUUAUGAUGAAGUUGUUAAGGCGGACCAUAGAGAAAAACUAAAACAACGGUUGUUGCAAACAGAGUCAGCUUGCUCUGAGUUUAGGGUUGGCCUCGAGGACUUGGGCACAAAUAUUGACACUGCUAAGGUAGAAGCAGAAGCAGGUGAAAUGCUGAAGGAAUAUGGAAGAGAGAUAAUUGAGAAAAGUGUGAGAAAAGAAUCUGAUAACCUUCUACGGGUCAUGCAUCAAAAGUUUUGUUAUAUCCUCUUGAAUGAACCGGACUCGGAUAUUCCACGAUCUUGGAAAGGAAGUGACAAGAUCCAGGUCAUUGUUAAGAGAGCUCGAGUUGAGUGUAUAAAUAUUAUGUCUGUUAUGGCAAUAAUGCGUUUGGACAUUAAUAAAGAAAGUGACGACGUUCAACAAAUUCUCCAUAAUGCUUUACUGGAAGGAGGUGGAGAGGGUAGUCUAACAUCUAGUAAUUGGAAUGGGGUGGAAGCAUCGAAGACCUUGAUGAGCCCAGCUGCUUGUGCAACUAUUUGGGAUCAAUUUCUAAAAUCUUCAGGCAUUAUCAUUGCUUCUGUCAAUCAAGCUAUUCAAGCAAGGAUUGAUGCUGAUAAUAAUCAGGUUCAAGGGCGGAAAUGUCUGUUUCAACCUGAAGCAACUACGCACAAUUCGGUCAAGGAAGGUGAAAUAGAGAAAUCGGUUUUAGGUAAGAUCUUCAACGCAUUGCAGCAACCGAACAUUUUCGAUUUAGCCGUUCUGGCCGGGCCUGAAGCUGAGCCAAAUCGGUUCAACUUUGUAGCCGAUUUAGUUUAA